AAUGUUUAAUUUGGUUGAAGAGUUUCUAGAAAAGUUUUAAGGAAAGAAAGCUAAUUAUAAUUUAUACACUAGUUUCAUAUCUGAUAAAAUGGAACGAUCUGGUAUAUCAAUGGCAGAUACUAGUAUUAUCGAUGUUAACUGUAGAAUAUCACUUAUAAAGGAUUAAAUAUAAUCUAAUUUAUCUGAUAAAAAAUAUAGUUAAUAAGUAAUAAUGGAAACAGUAGAUGCUUUAUAAGAAGUUUUGAAUUCUUAGAAAAUUGAGAAGAUUAGAUCAAUAAUCAAAAGAAUAGAACAUUAUAUGUCUUAAUGCUAACAUGAUACUACUGAUUUAUAUUAGAUGUUAUAAAAGGCAGUAGAAUCAUGCAAAGAGAAAGAAUCAGAAUUAUAGAACUAAUCAAUAUUAGAAGAUAAAGAUAUUAAAAGAAAGUUCUUUGAUUUAGCAUUAGAAAUUAAGAGUGAAUUACCUACAAAUCAUCCAGGUAGAAAAGUAUUAGUUUCACUUCUCUUUGAAAAAGCUUAAAAUUUAGAUGAAUCUGAAUGGCAUGAUUGGAUUCUUGAUUAAUUAAGUUAACAAAAUUGA